AUGGAAAACCAAGAACCAAAAAUAGAAAACCAGUUCCACUUUGAGAACGAUAUUGGAGAAAUUCAUCUAAAGGAAAACCGAGAUUUUGAAGAUCAGGUUGACAAAGAAUUGAGAUUGAAAGUGUCAUACACUCACGAGUUGGAAAUGGCUCUAAGACUUGAAGAAAGCAGUUACUUGACGUGGAUGUUUGAUUGGGAUGAGCUCGAGAAAAAAGGUGUUGAUGGAUUCACAGGAUGCAUCAUCGUAUCGGUUCGACAGAAGAACAUGGCAACUGUACAUCAGAAGUAUGUCUUCGAGGUCACCCGUGAUGUGAAAUCACUUACAAGACGGAUUGGUUCCGUUGCUGAAUUGCAACAACACAGCACAUGGCAGAGAUGUGGAUUGAACUAUGAAGUGACGCUCCAGUCCUUCAGCUUGCUGAGUCGUUGUCUUGAGAUCGAUACUCAAUUCAACCAAAGUGCAGAUUCGGAUCUCACACUUAACGUCGAAAGAUUUCAGCUACAUUUGAAUUCUCAGUUCCUCAAAUUUCACUCAAAAUACUUCUCGAAUAAGCUAGCUGCGUAUGUGAUGGACGUUUUCUUGCCAACCCUCAAUCUUCCUGGAGUUCGCUAUGAAGCAUUUGCUAGACUUGUGUCAAUGAUUUCCCCAAAUGCAAUUCUUCCUUCAGAAGAAUUCUAUGAUAGCAUCCUUGAACUUGCCAACCAGUUGUCGAUGCCAGCAGCUUCCCGUAUCAUCACUCAGAUGAUUCUCCGUGGAACGCAUCUCAACUUCUACCAAGUCCUGACAUUUGCUGAUAAGCAUCGAUUGGAUGAACUGGUGGACCAUUGUCUGUCUUACAUCAGUACCAAGGACCAUCUGCAGAGAAUGAAGAACAUGGAAAGCAUCAAGCUUCUGUCGGCUGGUUGUUCGAAAAAGAUUCUUGGAAAAUAUCUGGAAAUCCAAAAUGCUUAA